CGCCUAACGAGGCCUUCCUCUCUUGGAACAGCGACGCGCAAGCCCCAUGCGGACGAUCUGCGCUCAGUCGGGCCUUUAUCUCGCUCGAGUCCAGCAUCAGUGACCGAAUUUCUUGUUUUCAAGUGCCCCCGACGCGCAAACAGCCAUGAUUUCCUGGCAGCACUCUUUCGGAUUGCUCCUGCUGGCGACGCUAUGGAUCAAAGACAGUUAUGCGAUUUCAUGCUACGACUGUAACAGCGUGAUCGACAGACGAUGCCUGGGCGACCAAAACAACAUCUUGACGGAAGACUUGAAGAAACCCUGUCCGAAGAGGCAAGACGGCAAAGAAUUCACCCUCUGCAGGAAGAUCAAGCAGGUCAUCGAUUUUGAAGUCAACGGGCUUCAGCCGGACAGCAGGGUGAUAAGGGCCUGCGGAUACGAAGACAAGCAGUACGCCAACCGCUGCUACCAGCGGUCCGGCUUCGGGGGUAGGCAAGAGGUUUGCGCUUGUCAAGAAGACGGCUGUAACGCCACAUCCACCACCAUCGCCUCCAUUUCUCUAGUCCUGGGGUUACUGUUCCUGCUCAAUAUUAACUUCUAAGGGAUAUUUUGUCGCUCCGUAACGGACUUUAGUUCCUUCAGAAACUCCUCGGAAACCAACGCGAUCACAUUCGGGCAAAGGGGCCAUUCGGUUUUCUUAUUUAUUUCUCCAUCACGUAAUUUCGUUACUUAAAACUCCCUUUUUGACGUUUGUAGACGAAUUCUUUAGAUAUCUUUUGCAAAUUUCCCCAAUAUUUAAAAUGGAAGGAACUUACUAGGUUCUGUAAAGUAGGGGUAGGUUUUAGGAUCGAUAGAUCAAUGAAAGGUACAAUUACUGGAUAGGUACGUGAAAAGUUACUGGUUUUUGUUAUAGCUUUGUGAAGCUGCCUUAAGUCUUUCGAAUUCGGCACACAGGGACUGGGAAUGUAUAAAAAAAUAUCUUUCACAUAUCAUUUUUACUUAUACAGAAAACAUUUUGACAAUUUUAAAAAAAUCGAAACUCCUACUUGACCAACAUCAGUGAAACAAAUAUAGGAAAAAAUCUGAUAAGUAGAUAUUAGAAAAGUCUUUAUUUUUAUAGUUAUAUGUUACGAUCUCAAUUGGAACGAUAUGAACAAAUAAUAAUAUCAACUAAUAAAUAGU